AAAGAAAUCGCUGAUUGGUCAGAUGCUCCCGGAACCCGCUGUCGUGGCGCAAGAUGGCGGCGGCUGUGUUAGAGGUGGAUAUUGGAGGAGCCGGGGCUCGUGAGGUAGCAGAUGAGGUAGAUCUGUCUGACCUGGCUCCUGAAGAACGAUGGAGAGUGGAACAUGCGCGUAUGCACGCCAAGCACCGGGGUCACGAGGCCAUGCAUGCCGAGAUGGUCCUUAUCCUCAUCGCCACACUGGUGGUGGCUCAGCUACUCCUGGUGCAGUGGAAGCAAAGACAUCAGCGCUCGUACAAUAUGGUGACCCUGUUCCAGAUGUGGAUCGUACCCGUGUACUUCACAGUCAAGCUCCACUGGUGGAGAUUCCUCAUCAUCUGGAUCCUUUUCUCCAUUGUCACCGCAUUUAUCACCUAUAGAGCGACCCGAAAACCCUUAGAACAGACGACGCCCAGGUUGGUUUACAAAUGGUUUCUCCUGCUGUACAAGCUGAGCUACGCUACUGGGAUUGUGGGAUAUGUGGCGGUGAUGUUCACGCUCUUCGGUCUGAAUUUAUUGUUCAGAAUAAAGCCAGAAGAUGCCAUGGACUUUGGCAUCUCUCUUCUCUUCUAUGGUCUUUAUUAUGGCGUUCUUGGCCGGGACUUUGCAGAGAUGUGUGCGGAUUACAUGGCAUCAACAAUAGGGUUUUACAGCGCAUCAGGGAUGCCCACGAAGCACCUCUCAGACAGCGUAUGUGCAGUAUGCGGUCAGCAGAUUUUUGUAGAUGUCAAUGAAGAGGGUAUAAUCGAGAAUACUUACAGGCUAUCCUGCAACCAUGUUUUCCACGAGUUCUGCAUCCGUGGCUGGUGCAUUGUGGGAAAGAAGCAGACGUGUCCGUACUGCAAGGAAAAGGUGGACCUGAAGAGGAUGUUUAGUAACCCAUGGGAGAGACCCCACGUCAUGUACGGACAACUACUGGACUGGUUACGAUACCUUGUUGCUUGGCAACCUGUCAUUAUAGGACUUGUACAGGGCAUCAACUACUGUCUGGGACUGGAAUAAAUCUGUUCUUCCCUACCACUCUUGCCAACAGCGACCACUGAACGUGGCAGCUAGGACGGGUGGAGCACCUCCUGAUCAAGAUUUUAACCUUUGGAUUUGGCUCUGUGGGACUGCACAGACUCCAUGCUAUGCAGUGUUAGCAGUUGCCCACCCUGGAGGGGCUCUUGUUGUAUUAUUUAUUUAUUACAACAUUAUUUUUUCUCGGCAUUACAGAAUUUCUUGAUUUUGUACAUUGUUUAGUAUCAUUUUUAGCAAUUUCAGUGUACACAAGGCCGUGCAUAUCCUUUUAGUACCAAAGGAGUUCCGCACCUUUUAGCCACCAAACUUGCAAUAGCCAAGGAGGACGAGCUUCAGUUCAAGUUGGUUAUGACAUUAGCCAAGAGGCACCAUUUGCAUUUCUUUCAUCCUGCAAAUAAUUUGAUACUAAAUACAUUUUCCACUUGGAGCUAACUUUAAAUUCUGUGUAUAACAAAGUGGUACAUAAUUUGACAUUCAGAGUAUACAGUCAGCCUCAGAAAUACCCCACUAACUUCCUCCUUGCUGCUGUACCUUGGGUUGACUGUGGGCUGUUACCAUUGAUCGGUGUCUCAGAAAUAUAUAUCAUAUUCAGAUGAUUUUUUUUUAUAGUCCAGUGAUAUUUUAUUAAAAUGCUUAAUGUAUCUGACAUUUUAUUGAAGUAUAUAAAAAACAAAUCUGUAUAUUUCUUUGUUCUGAAAUUUCUGGCGUUGUUGGGCAGUGUUAUGAUAAUGUAGCAGUGUCUCCAGGUCAAGCUGGGCAUGCGAUUUUGGGCUGAUUAGAAGAGUUUAAAGGGACGGUGGACACUCUGAGAUUGUAGUAUAAAAUGCUAAACCAUGCACAGUAAAACCACUGUGCAGUAUGCUUUCAUUAUUUAUUUUUUAUCCCUUUUCCUGUUAUUUAAGUUUGCAAAUGAUGUAUAACAUGUUCCUGAAAACUGAAAGAGCACACAGCAGGUUUCACAAGCUUAGCAUUGCCACAUAUCUGUCUGUAAUAUGCAGUUUGUAUUAAUUUCUGCUGAAGCCAAACAAUGUAGAUUUCUAUAACACAAUGACAGUGUGCAGCCCUGUUAUCUCCAAACUCAAGUCCAGGUUAGCUCCUCCAAAUAAAUAGGUGGCUUGAGUUUGACCAUUGAAAUACAAUCGCAGCAAAUAAAGUGUUAAUCUGU